AUGUCUGAAAUGCUUACUUUAGAUAUCGUUAUUUUAGAGGCAACACCAACAUUACCACCAACGGUUACUGCUACGACACAAGUGCCAGAAUGCGAAGAGUGGACCUUCCUGGAAACUAGAUAUUACUGGUGCGAGAAAGAAAAAUAUUUCGACUUCUUCAGAGACAAAUGUCUUGAAAAAUGUCUAGGUUUAACCACGACGACGUCAACCAUAGCUUCAACAACAGAAUCAACUACAACAACAUCAACUACACCUCCCAUAACCAUAACGAGUACCGUUACUGCUACGACAGAAGCGAAAGAGUUUGAAGGAAUAUGCAGUUGCAAUGCAACGAUUCUGAGAGGAUCUCAAUAUUUCAUAUGCGAGUACUCCAUUGGUGCUAGUUUUCGUGGUACCACCUUUACCCAAGAUCCAGAUUUAUGCAAUUAUUUUUGCAUGCCUAUUCCUACAAAAGGACAACACGAAGAAGUCGAGUUCUAUGCAUGCGUCCGCAAUUAUAGCAUCACUCACAAAAACUUGACGAUCUGUCAAGCACAGUGUAAUCAAACAGAAACGGGCGAAGAAGCAACAUCAAUAGCAACGUUUACAUCGACGACACCAACAUCUACAAGUGUUGAAACAACAACAACUUCUGAAUCAACAAGCACGAAGACAACACCGACACCACCAUCAACGGUUACUGGUACAACACAAGGUUCAACCACUACGCCGUUAACCAUAGCUUCAACAACGGAAUCAACGACAACAACGUAUACUGUACCUCCUACAACCACAACAGGUACCGUUACCGCUGCGAAAGACAAGUGCAGCGCAUACUUUCUUGUGGAAACAGUUUGCGACUUUUGA